GUUCGAAGAAACUAGUGUGACGUAGAUAUUUGCAGCAACGUAAUUAAGUGUAAAUAAUAAGAAAAUGUUGUACUCGAGAACGAACGCAUUGAUAUUGAACUUACUUGUCACAUUAAAUCUUCACAUCAGUUUCCAAUGCCCUUUAGAGGAUGUUGCGAAGGCAGCAUACAAAUCAGGUGAAAUCCCUGAUCAAGACACGCUUAUCACACUGGAUAAGAUCAAAGCCAAGCUGAAGGACAGCGGAAUAUUCAAUUGGAAAGACCCUUCGUUUACUGAUCGUGAAAAGAAAGAAAUGAACAAGUUGUUUGACGCUGUAGAAAUUAUGACAUCAUCCCGCAACAGGCAACCAACUUCAGUGCAGAACAUGUUUUCCUCACUGCGGAUGGUGGAACGGGCUGUAAAGAAGCAGCUAAAAGAGGGACAACUAUCUGAGUCUUUAGCUGCGAAAUUUCACUGGGACAAAUUAUCCGCCCGUCACAGAAGAGAUAGACCUGCAUACUACUUGGACGCGUCAACUAAUAUGCGAGUAUUUAAUAUCGCUUAGAUUAAACAAAUAGAAUUCUACACAAAAAAUAAUAAUAUUA